AAUAAAAGUAGCGCGUUAUAUGAAGGAAAAUAAAAUGGGAUUUAUAAGCAUUAUAUUUUAAAAAGUCUAUGUUACAGACAAAUGAAGCUCAGUAAAUUUGAUAUAACAGCACCAAUCAGUGUACAGCACUCUACACAUGUAAAUUACGACCCCAGAACUGGUGAAUAUGUUGGGCUACCGAGACAGUGGGAAAAUCUUAUUCCCAAUAACAGGCCUUCUAAUGAAUACUCAGGAUUUAAUAAAAAACAUGUACCAAAUGGAGUGCCUAAAAGGAGUGUAUUGAACUUCACUACAGGCCCAAACAUCAGUAAAACGUUUUCAUUUAGAAAUAUUGCAUACCAAAGUAGUCCACAGAAUCUUCAAGGCAAAGCCAAAUGUUCAUCUCAAGAACGAGCUGUUUCAAGGACACCAGCAAAGACAAUCAAUACACAUUCAAAUAAUAAUAAUAAUAUUCAUAAUUACGAUAAUAAUAAUAAUCAUAACAGCCUUAACAACCGGAAACAGAAAAAUGAUUAUGAUAAUCAAAUUGAUGGUAGAAGUCGAUGGAUAUUUAAUUCAGAAAGGCAAAAAUCCCCCCGACAUGAAAAUAGAACAAAUAGAAUAAUGAAUAUUGAUGGUAUUUAUGAUACAUUAAUGCAUAGACAAGAUAUGUCUAUGCAUAAACCACGAUCUAAAUCAAAACGUUUCAAUCGAGAGGAAAGAAUACAGUUGGAAAUGAAUGAUACACUGUUGUCACGAUCUGCUUCUGCACAUCCUAUUUUAGUGAAUCCACCACAAUUACCACCAAAGGUAUAUAAGGGUUUGCGAGAAAGGCGCAAGAGGAAUGAAACACCUGAACGUUAUCACACAAUCGGUCAUUCAUCCCAUUUCCUACCUGUCAAUACUAUCCCUGCUAAUUCACUAGCAUAUACUGGAGAUCAUCGUAUAAUUGAAUAUCCAUUGCCUUCUCAUAUGACGUUGAAUAGAAAUGUCAAAUCUUCAAAUAUGCCUAAUUCACAUUCCCUUGGACAGGAGAUAAGUUUACUUAGAAAUAAUGAAGUGAACGAAGAUUAUCCUUCCAACCACACUAACAACCACAACAAUAUUGAACACAAUGGCAUAUAUCAUUCAAGUCAUCGUAAACACGGACGUGGUCGAAGGCAUAAACAAUUGGAUAGUAGAAGUAUGCAAGACAGUGAUCAGGAUAAGCUUAGUUUAGAUGUCAAGUCAAUGAAAAGUUCCCUAUCCGAUUGGUUGAGUGAGAGUAAAACUCGCAGUGAAACUGUAUCAUCGCAUAUUUCAUCUGGUUUAGGCAGUUAUAAUGGAAUCUCGACAAAACUUAGUGGGACAACAAGUAAGCUGAAUUCAAUUUAUGAAAAUUCUGGACUACAAAAUGUGAAAAAAAUUAAUUCAGCUGAUCAUAUUGAUGCUACGGAUAAACAAUUUCCAGUUUAUGCAUCAAGUAGAAAUAUUAGUUCGUUGAAAAAGUCAAAAACAAAUAGUCGUAAGAAUUCAGCUCCAUUGAACCAAGUGAAUAUUUUAUCAUAUGACAAGGCAUCUAUGGCAACAGCACCAAAUCUUACCUAUUCUACAUCUUGUUUAACAAUGAAGAAAACCGGUGAUGAUUCACUCCACUCCUCCAAUAUCCCUUCUGAUUCAUUUCGAAUUACUAAUCAUCAUAUCAACUCAUCAGCAUCCCCAGUUGACUGGUACUCAAUAAAUAAUGCCAACAUCAGUAAAGACAAUAAUACUGAUAACGUAAUGAAAAAAACAACAAGUAGACAUUCCACUAAGAAUUAUGAUUAUAAAGUUCAUAAUAGUCAAAAAUCAUCAUUACACCGAUCCAACAGUUCAGGAUGUACUCGACCAAGCCGAUAUCAAGCCUCUUUUAAUAGUCAUCAAGAAAAUCCCUAUCAAAGUCAAUAUGCUGAUUAUUAUUUCCCGCCGAAUUCAACUAUCCGACAUCCACAAAUCCCUCCAUUUGCAUUUAAUCAUAAUUACCAUAAUAAUAUUAAUAAUAGUGUUGAAAGUUAUUCAAAUAAUCCACCUAUGCAUUAUACAUCACCAGAUAUACGAAUUCCUCAAACAAAUCAAACAAAUAUUUUAUCUUCAAUGAAACAUUAUAAUUUAAAUCGAUCAGAUUUUCAAAUAUUUUCAUCUAAUCAUCAAAAUUAUGCAGGAAUGAAUGGGGAUUAUGAAUCAGUUCGAUUGACAGAUAUGAUAAUUGAUGAGAAUGCAUUCUGUUUGUUAAACUCGGAAGAAUUUCGUAAUGAACUUGCUAAGAUUGUAACACCGGGUGAUCCACGGGCUGAUUUACAUGAAAUAUGUCGAAUUGGUAAAGGCAGUACUGGUGUUGUUUACCUGAUGAGACAUUCCCCGACGAAACAUUAUGUGGCUGUUAAGAAAAUGAAUAUUUUCAAACAACAAAGACGUGAAUUGUUAUUCAAUGAAGUAAUAAUUAUGCAAACGUAUCCUCAUCCAAAUAUUGUGGAAAUGUUUGGUUCUUAUUUAAUUGGAAAUGAAUUAUGGGUUGCAAUGGAAUAUUUGGAGGGUGGUGCAUUGACCAAUAUUGUUACACGAACACUAAUGUCAGAGAAACAAAUUGCUACAGUGUGUCGUGAUGUUCUUCGUGCCUUGGCCUUUCUACAUGAUCAUGGAAUUAUUCAUAGAGACGUUAAAUCAGAUUCAAUUUUAUUAUCUAUUGAAGGACGUGUUAAGCUGUCUGAUUUCGGUUUCUGUGCAAGAGUAUCUCCUGAACAUCCACGAAGACGAAGUCUUGUCGGAACACCAUAUUGGAUGUCACCUGAAGUGAUUAGUCGUUUACCUUAUAAUACAUCAGUAGAUGUUUGGUCAAUGGGUGUAUUACUGAUUGAAAUGGUUGAUGGUGAACCAUCGUUCUUCAAUGAACCACCUCUACAUGUUAUGCGACAUAUUCAAAGAGAUGGUAUCCCUCACUUGAUGAAUCCUCACAAAUCCUCUAGAAAAUUAAAUUCCUUUCUUGGAUUAAUGUUAGUUCGUGAUCCAUUGAGAAGAGCAACAGCUGCCCAGCUAUUAUUACAUCCAUUCCUGCUAUUGGCUGGUUCUAGUGAUUGCCUACUACCAUUGUUAUACCAUUCAAAUAUUAUUUCAUGACAAAAACAAACUGACUGAGGGAUAAAACUCAAAACUCGAAAUAUCCAGCCUAACCCCGUUUUUCGGAAGACAGAUAACUUAGUUCAAUUCUACACAUAGAAAUUAUGAUUUAUACAUAUAUAUAUAUAUUAUUCCGCAGAAAGAAGAAUUAUCCAGAUGAACUUUCGUUAAACGUUUUGUUUUUUGCACGCAGUAGUGAAACCAGAGGCUUCCCCCUUCCUCUCUCUCUUUCUCUCUCUGUCAAGACUGCUGUAAAUCUAAGUCCGCUAAUUCUUUACAAGCUAUUCAGUAUCUAGAUUAACCUCGAACAUUCCUCUAAUUUUUAUUAUUUUUAAGCACCUCAAAAAAUGUGGAAAACUGAAAUGAAAAUCGCAGAGCAAUAAAACUAAAGUCGAACUUCUUUUCUUUUCGUUUUUUGUGUGUUUCGUAUGUGUGAAUUCAUAGGCAUUUUUUUAUGUGUGAUAACUUUCAAUGAGACUACUGAAGUCGUUCACGUCUUUCACUACCAGACUCCUUGUUUUAUGCAUGUAACACAUACCAUACCGUGUUAUGUGUUGAUUUGUAAAGUUUUGUAAAAUGACCCAGUAAAGUUAUGUUUAUGCUUGAAUUCCCUUUUAAAUACACCUCCUACAUUAUGUAUCAUUGUUGAUAAUUAACGAGAAUGGCUUUCUCUCUCUUUACCAGAUAGAUUAUGUGAUAAAUGUUACUUUGCUGACUUUUUUCCUGUUAUCUCAUAUGUACAUAUUUAGUUCGUUUUAUUUAUCAAAAUAAGCAACAACAAAAAAGACAUUGUAUUUAGAUGAUAUUCAGAUGUUUCCUUUUCUCCACCAAUCAUCAUCAUCAUCAUCUCAUAUGGUUCUUUUCUUUUUCUCUCGAAUUUUGCCUCUUUUUGUUUUACUAGUCUACUGGGCUUAUUUAUUUCUGCAUCGAUUUAGGCGCGUAAUUUUAAAUUAUGAUUUUAUGAUAACCUUUCUUUUUCUUGCUUUAGGAAG